CGUUCAAUUUGUUUCCUCUCGUGUUUUCGGCCUUUGCCCCAAUCGCCUUAUACUCCUCAUUGAAUGACAUUUUAAUAUUCUUUUAUCGUCCCACAGUAACAUUUUUGAAUAUUUCCAUAAAUAAACGGUGUCAUAUUUGAAUAAACAGUAUAGUCAUCACUCGAUUAAAACAAGAACAGCAGAAAAAUGGCCGAGGACGCCGAGAAAAUGGUCGAAUCCACCGGAUUUUUCAAAAGUAUUUUUAGUGAAAUCUUGGAGAGUCCUCUGAAUAUCGGUCUGGUUGCCGCUUGUAUAUUUUUAAUUUAUCGAAUAAUUAAGAGCCGCCAGGAAGAACAACGGAGCGAACCGGAAGAAAAACCGAUACCGAAAAUGAAGAAGAGAGACUUUACAAUUUUGGAAUUGAAACAGUACACAGGACAACAGGAAGACGGAAGAGUCCUUAUUGCCGUUAAUGGAAAAGUUUAUGAUGUCACCAAAGGAAAAAGAUUCUACGGACCAGGCGGACCAUAUGCGGCAUUUGCUGGAACUGAUGCUUCCAGAGGUUUGGCCACAUUCAAUGUGGCUCCUGGUGGUGAUCAGUAUGAUGAUCUAAGUGAUUUAUCCCCUAUGGAAAUGGAGUCAGUUAAAGAGUGGGAGUUACAGUUCAAUGAAAAAUACGAGUAUGUGGGUCGCUUACUAAAACCGGGUGAGCAACCAAACAAUUAUUCAGAUGAGGAAGAUGAGUCGAAUACAGAAAAGUCCAAGGAUGAGUAAUCCCACUUUCUUUUACUUUUUUUUUUACACAAAGGCUGAUCAGAUAUGUUAUGUGCAGCGUUGGAUUAAUAUUUUCUUUUAUAUUAAAGCCAAAAACCCUUUUUAAACAUGUUAUGACUGAUAAAACAUAAGCAUUGCUAACCAUACAAAGGCAAACAUUGCACAUAACAGAUAGGUAUAAACACAGUUUAAUUAUUAUGUAUGUAUAAUGAUAAUAAAAGAAUGAUAUAUUAUAUAUAUAAAGUUUGAAAAAAAAUUACUAUAAUUUUAUAAGUAUAUCUUGUUGGUUGUUGUAUUUUAAUUUAUAUAUAUUGUGUAAUUGGAGAGGGUUCAGUUAUUGCUUUUGGUUUUGCUAGAUGUUCUGCUUUGUAAUACUGUUGUUUUUUAAUUAUUUAAAUAAGUUUUAUUGUUGCAGUUAACCAAUCUUUUUUUUAAGAUACUUUUCCAGUGAAUGCAAUAUUUAUUUAUAUACUUUUACUUUAAGAAGGUGUAAAGUUUAAUGGAUUUAAAUAUACAAACAAAAAAAAGUA